GGACCGAGGAAUUUUGACUGCUGGAGGAGCUGCCCUGCCUGCCCUGGCUGAUUACUACCUCAGCUUCUGAUGACCUCCGGUGGGGCCGCUUUCACAACCAGGCUGUGACAAGCAUCGGGGGGCCUCCAGAUCCCUCAUUACAUAGAUGAGUAAAUCUGGGUUUAGCAGGCCGUCUCGGGUGAGAUGACUUAAGAUCUUCACCAAUGUUCCAUCUGUUAAACCAGCCCUUCUCUACCUCCCGUGUUCUCUGGUGCCUCGGUUUCCAAAUGUGCGGUGUUCUCUUCUGUUCCGUAGACCUCUGCUCCAGCAAAUAGAGGGGAGAAGGGAGAAGGCCUUGCAGUUGGAUGACAAUGACCAGCCACUCAGUGGUUCUUCUCUCCCACUUGUCUGUCCCUCCCAGAAGCUCUGGGAUUUCUCCCUCUGUUGGACAGCUCGGGUGGGAGGUAGAGAGGAAGGUUCUGGGUGGGGAAGGUCGGUGCUGCGUCACCCCCCCAGGUCAACAAGGCUGGGCGAUGAAGGGCCACCGCGGUCAGUGGCCACGUGCUCAGGACAGCAGUGGAGAGUGCAGACUGUCUUUGGGGAGAGGAGGCGCGCCCCCAACUUGGGUAGGGGGUGGAGAGGGCGAGCAGGAGGAGGCAGGUUCCGGCAGAAGGCAUGGGGGUGGGGGGAGGCCAAGAGCACGCGGACAAAGGAGGCGGCCCUCAGCCCAGCUGUUUUGAAAAAUGCUUCCUGUUUCUUUAAAGGCGCUCGCGGCUCGGGCGGCCUGGGCUCGGGAGGCGGCAGCGGCGGCGGCGGCGGCGGGAGCUGCCUCCUCUCCGGGCGGGCGGCGCUGAGUGAUCUUGCGAACCGGGCUUCUGUGUAAACUGAGGCUAAACAAACACAGAUGGAGCGCAGCGGGCGUUCUGCAGAAAUGCUGGCAGGGCAGCAGCGACUUCAGAUGACACUCUGAGCUCUCCCGGGGAACCGGCAGCCUCCGAGGCUUCACGGAGCCGGAGGCGCAGCUGCCCCGGGAGUGGGGGGUGCGAGGGAGGGACCCGGGGAGGGAGGGUAGGAGGAGAGAGCGCGGCGACAAGGCGGCGCUGAGUGCGGCGGCCACCGGGCACAGCCAGGCGCGCGGCGUGCAGAGCGAUCGCUGCGGGCACGCGUCCCGGGCAGUCCCACGCCCCUGCCUCACGCCGUCCGCGCCAGCCAUGAAGCACAUCCCGGUCCUCGAGGACGGGCCGUGGAAGACCGUGUGCGUGAAAGAGCUGAACGGCAUCAAGAAGCUCAAGCGGAAAGGCAAGGAGCCGGUGCGGCGCGCGAAUGGCUAUAAAACUUUCCGAUUGGACUUGGAAGCUCCGGAGCUCGGCGCCACAGCCAGCGCCACCGCCGCCACCAACGGGCUCCGGGACAGGACACAACCGUUCCCGAUCGCGACCCCAGUACCAGCCUCAGUGGCGCCUGCGGUUCCUCCAGGUGGAGGCACAGACACAGCCAGGGAAUUCCGGGGCAUCCGAGCGCCUGACGUCUCAGACGCGCGCAAACGCGGUUUCGCUCUGGGCACAGUGGGACCGGGACUACCCACGCCACCGCCGCCUCCCGUGUCCCAGAGCUUGGCACCCGGGGACCCCGAGGCGCAGCCAUUCCGCGAGCAGGCUCUGCGUCCCCGCAUCUUGCUGUGCGCCCCUCCCGCGCGUCCCACGCCGUCCGCGCCUCUCGCACCCACAGCGGCGCCACCAGAGUCCCCUGUGCGCCCUGCGCCCCCCACGCGCCUGGGGGAAAGUUCCUACUCGUCAAUUUCACACGUAAUUUACAAUAACCACCCGGAUUCUUCCGCGUCGCCUAGGAAACGGCCAGGCGAAGCGACCGCCGCCUCCACGGAGAUCAAAGCCCUGCAGCAGACCCGGAGGCUCCUGGCCAACGCCAGGGAGCGGACGCGGGUGCACACCAUCAGCGCAGCCUUCGAGGCGCUGAGGAAGCAGGUGCCGUGCUACUCCUAUGGGCAGAAGCUGUCCAAACUGGCCAUCCUGAGGAUCGCCUGUAACUACAUCCUGUCCCUGGCGCGGCUGGCCGACCUGGACUACAGUGCCGACCACAGCAACCUCAGCUUCUCCGAGUGUGUGCAGCGCUGCACCCGCACCCUGCAGGCAGAAGGACGCGCCAAGAAGCGGAAGGUAUUCACCUGCCCGGGGGCAGCAACCUCAGGGGAGCUGGGGACGGUGAGGAGUGACCUGCUACAGGCUAGACCGUGGACACCACUGUGAGUCUCUCUCCUUGUCAGGCCUGAGGAGAAAGCUGAGAUCACCAGUAGACAACCAGCCUCAUUCCUUGUCUUCUAAAAGAUGCUACCAGCUACUCAGCCCAUGAACCAUCUCUCAGGGCCACUUAGGACCAGGACAAGGGCCGCCGGCCUCCCUUUCAGUCUCCUGCCAUCCAGGGUUACUUCAGAUUUUGCCUUCUGUCUGGUGGGGCAGGCUAUUGCCAAAGAUUCUACAGAGAUUGUCCAAGAAAACUAUGGAUGAAGCCCCAACGGCACAAAACCACCCCAUUGCUGCCCAACCAAAUCCACCUCAAGCCAAAGAUGGAUUAGUGCUUCAGCCAGGAACUCAUGCAAGGACUGGGCAUUUGGUGACUUUCAGAAGCACUUAACCCUCCAAGCCUGCUCUGUCUGUGCUGGGCCCUGAGCAGCUGGUUGUCUUCGAGACGAGCUUCCUAGAGCCAUGACGAGCAGGCUGGUGGCAGAAGGAGGGGGGGCAACCCUGGCUCCUCCCAUUCUCUGCCCAGGCCUCUGGCUCUUGUUCCCAAUAUCCUUUGGGUCCUGGCUUCUUCUUGGACCCCAAGCCUCCUGAGAGAGGAGGAAAGGGGGAGACUGAAGAAGCUAUUUGCCCCACACCCCACCAAGGACAUGCCCCAAGGAAAUCUUCCUGAGGGUCUUUGCUCCCACAUCCUGUCCCACCAGGUGCUCCUCACCAGUGGCCAGGUUCAGGCUAGCACAUAAGCUAGCACUCUGCUGGAGGGCGGCUGCCCAUGGACAGGCCAGGCGGGAGGACGUAGGGAGGAGGGGGCCAAGGGAAUGGGCCUGUGUGGGAGGGGGAAGGGGCACGCUCAAAGCCAAGGUCUGCUCCUUGUGCUCCCGAGGCCAAAGCUGUUCACAUCUGUGUGCAACCAUCUGCUUCAAAUUGAAGUAAAAGCUGCAACAUAUAAAG